UACCAACUUAACGAAGCAUGGCAGCCUCCGCGGUCAUAAAAACUUGGUCAUUUUUUCGUAAAUUCUCACCAAAUACUCGACAAUGGGCGAGGAGUAUGUGCGAUGUCCCUGAGGCCCCGAGCCAGUACAGCCAGACAAUGAAAGUAACCAUCAUGAACAAGGAACAUUCUUCAGGAAUUCUUAUAGAUGCCUACAGUCCUUUUGGAUUCAAACUAAACACAGGAAUGCGAGUACUAGGACCAUGUGCGAUAUUCCCCAAGUCAAUUUUACAUUGGAAUAUCAAAGAUCCUGGGGAUAUCACUUCCGACUCCUUAGAACUGUUCACGCUUUUAGAGCCGAAAUUAGAUAUUCUUAUUGUUGGUAAAGGAGAUCCUGAGUCAAAGAUUGAUUUCGGUAUCAUACGAUAUCUCAAGCAACGCAAGAUUAAUGUGGAAAUUCUCAAUACAGUUUCUCGGCACAUUACUGCCAGGGAUACAGAAAAAUCUAGGGCGAAAUUGAAGACAAACUUCCUGGAAUUGACAGAUGCUGCUGUCGAUGGCAUACAGGGUAUUCGGCAUUACCUCGACACCUGGCAUCGAACAAUGAAAAUUGGUGCUGCAUUAGUGGUGGCAGGCAAGAGGAAGCCAGCGGUGCUUAAUUGGGUAAAGCCAAUUGUCAACCAUUUUUGGCACUGUUGUCAGACCUGCGAAGGCAAUGCUGAUAAGCUGAAUGAUCAGGCCUGCGCUACUUUUAACUUUCUUAAUGCUGAAGGACGGUAUGUGGCAGCUGCUCUCCUACCUCCAACGUACGUUCAAAACUAUUUUGAUGAUUCAAUAGACCUUCAGUCACAAUUAGAUUAUCGGGAAUUGGACACUUUAGAUACAGGCUUCGAUGAAAUACCUAAAGAUGGACAGGGCAUGGACCGCCUCAUACCACCUCAUAUGAAGACUUUAGAAGAAGCCUCACAGGCAGGUUUUCAACGGUUUAAAAGUUCAUUUUCACAAGGACAAAAAAUGAAGGAUAAAAUGUUUCCAAAAGGAAAACAGGGAGAACCAACAUCUGAGCAGGACUGAUCUUUAAAGUAGUUUACUGUUUGCAUUAUCCUCGGGAGUAACCUUGGCCUGGUUCUUCAUGAAAAGUUAGACACUUCAUUGUCAAUAAUGUGUUUUACGCAAAUCUCACCAUUAAAAAUUACGCUGAUCAACGUCCAUUACCCAUAAAAGGGUCACUCAGGAUCCAAAAUUCUUUCACCAAUUUACUGUACAGUACAACCUCUCUAUUGCGGACACACAUGGGACUGGGCGUUGGUGUCCGUAAUGUAGAGGAGUCCUUUAUAGGGAGGUUAUGCCAUUAUUGUCCAAAAGGUGUAGUCGUGUUUAUGAACACGGGAGUCGUGAAGCCUGCAAAUUCCAUAUUCCAUUUAGUUUGUCAAAAAAAUGGAUUAACAUGGGGGUCGUGAAGCUUACAUAUAACAUAUUCCAUUUAGUUGUAUAAAUAUUAACUACUUCAAAUAAUUUUAUGCCAUUUAUAUGCGAACUUGAAAUUAGUAAAUUGGCAUUUCUAGUGGAGGUAAUAUUAAUUUGCCAACAUUGAUAUAUGCAGGUUGUGUUCCCACGCUACAUAUUACAUAGACAGCGUACAUCAUUAUAGUAAUACUUGUUAUUAGAGCACAAGGGGACAAACAACUCAAUGGACUGCAAUUAAUGUUACAAUAUACAGUAGCUUGGCACUGUGAUGCACAGUGUAGAUAAUUAAACAAAACAUUCUGUUUUAAUUAGAAGAGCAACGGACAUUAAAUUCACUCCACUCCAAUUAACUGAACUUAGUGUCUAAUUAUGUUCAUCAAUUACGCAAACUUCACACCUGUUAGGUCUAAUCGACUACCUACGUGAACAUGUUGCCCUGUUUGGCAAUUGACCUGGAAGAAGGAGAGCGAGUUUUCAUGAAUAAAUCGGAGAAUGAAUCGUUUCUAAAACGGGGUUUAUUGCACCCAAAAUGUCAGCGUCCGGCUCCGGUUUGCGCGAUCCCAGCAUCCCUUGCGCUACCGCGUCCCUAACAACCACGCCAAAAAUUUUUGUGUCCCCAACAAUUUCACCCCCACGCCACACUCUCCCCCCCC